CUUUUACAAAGCUUAUACACUAAGUUCACAAUGUGGGAAGUGUGCAAACAGCGCUAAUUUACACCUAUAGCAGUGUUUUUAUUUAGCAAAGUGAAAAUGCUUGCAGCAUCCAAAUUCCCGUAUUCUUCAAUGCUUAUAAUCGGUGUCCUUACAAUCUGUUGGGCGCUUCUAGUCCCCACAAGUGCUAGAGGAGGUAGAGGCGGCGGUGAACGCGGCGGCGGCAGCUUCGGAUCUACCAGUGGUUCGCGCUAUGGCUCCCGCUCAGGCAGUAGUUCUCGCUCGACCUCGAGCUACGGUACUGGUUCAAAUACCUGGAGUGCGUCGUCGGCAGUAUUCCCAGCAGGUUCGACGUAUAAACAACGACCAGAAAGGAAAAUCCCGGACGCCUACCUUGGUGCAUUCACUAACGGGGAAGACAAGAUAAACCACAUUAGCGCUUUAUGGAAUAUCUUCAAUAUUUCGGACAUAAUCGAUCUGAAAAAAGGGAACAUUUUCGAAUUCAUACCUGGAAAUUUCAUCGAACACGACGCAUAUUGUGUUUUCUUUAAAAAUAGCCCAAGCAGCAGAAAUGGUGUUUUUGCGCAAUGCAUUCCGUUCAAGCUCAACGAAAAAAUUACCGAAAAGGUGGAAGGAGGCCAAGUACAGGUUAUGCUCGCAUUAGUGAACGGCAGCAUACAUGCCAAGAUAAGACGCUCCUGGGGGUCAUGCGCGACUACGGAAACUACAAUUCUCUUCAAAGCAACUGAGCAAGGAAUAGAAGUUAGUUUCAACGGGCAACCAAAAGCGCUUUAUGUGCCAGCAAUGAGAUGGUACAUGUUGGGCGCGUUCGUCAUAGAUCCUGAUGCGGCUGCCAUCGAUACGGCAAAUGACAUUUUGAGCUACAAUAACAGCAGUCCUUUGAGAUGGACAAACCAAAGCGGCUAUUCGAUUUCACAGCGUCCGUUUCAUCAAGCUGACGAAAUUGAAUCGACACUUUUUUACGAUACGGAGCAUUUUCGCUACGAGGGAUACAUUUGGAAUCAUAGCGCCAAACAUCUGCUGGAAAUCACUCAGGGACUGCGUGUACACGUUGAUCAGUCGACUGCUUUCUCAACCUCACUGCGCCGUCGUUUGGAAUCUAAUGUCACCAUUAAAACCGAGUUUCAGUUCCAGACAAUAACACAGCAUAUUAUCGGUGAGCACAAAAAUGCUACGCUAACAUUCAAGCGCACAAUUCCCUGGACGUAUCAUGGCACCUACGAAGAUACCGAAAAUGACGUCGAACCACGAACAUUUCCAGAUGACGAUAACUCUAACGUAAACUGCACCACAAGAAAGCGCAUCAGCAUAACUCAAGGACCAGACGGCCGUGAUGUCCUGCUUCAGCUGGGAUGCCGCAAGAUGCCUUACCGAAUCAAAGCCAAUGAUGUUGUAGAGCAAGACAAAAACGUUUCAGACAACCAUAGAAUCCUGGUCAGCAGUGAACUGGGAACGGAUGGGCAGUUGACAAUUAAUAUUCUGUCGUAUGCGCGGUAUCAAAAUGGAUCCGAAGGUGAACUGGAGCGCAAUUUGACACUGAAAAUUGAGGAAUCGUCCAAUGCAGGAUUGCAUGUGCACUACACAGAGGGAAUCCGGCCAGGACAAUGGAGGGCACAUCAGUGGGAUAAAUAUUAUCAGCGCAUUGCAUCUUCUCUCAUUUUGGGGAAGUUCAUUUUCACCGGCAAAGGUUCUCAACCAGGCUUUGCAAAUUCGAGUAUGGAAAUCAGUCAGCUGCCUGACGGAAAGCUGAAGAUACACGUUGACACAUUUUUUGGCGAUGGCCCUAGCGACAUUUCUACGCGGGUUAUAAUUUUUCCUCUGCAUACUCCUGCAGCGUUUUUAUCCCCGGGCGGUCAGGAGCCAGAUCCAACAGAAAUGAGGUUGACAUUCGAUUAUAUGGAGGUCUAUGGAAAGGUGAUACUGACGGGGUUCCCAACUGCUUCUGCCGGUUGGAAACGCACAGAGAGACAAAAUCUGAUCCCGGCAGUAAUUCUUGAGGCGUCGUCGGAAGGGCUACACGAAUACAUGUGCAGGACAACAUGCUUUAAAGCCAGGGCAUAUGUUGUUGCGGAUAAACAACAAAUGACUUGAGCCACGAUACUUGACGGCUGACGCAUAUCGGUCCAACUACGAACUAGCAAUCCGUUUGGGUUUGAGAUCUUCAGAUAUCUUUCGCGGUUUACAUGGUAAAAAAUGAGAUUGUGACGGCACCAGCCUUCUUACGGUGGAACGUUAGAGUAAGGGUUUACAUCAAAAGAAAUGCAGAUAAGAAUAGUGCUCGGCCGACUACAAACAAGAUGGUUCAGUAAAAAUAUUCGUGUACACGUACGAGCACGCUUUUAAGUUUCAUGCCGGGUACUUUGAACUGAUUUCGAAUUCAGAAGAUCGCAAGUCAUAU